CUGGCCCUCCGAUAGACUCCAAUCCCGCCUUAACCAGGCCUGAGCGAACUCAUCGCAUCAUAAGCGACCAAACACCCCCGCCGACCACGUGACGGAGAAGUGGAGGAUAAUGACGUCGUCGUCGGCGGCGAGGAACCAGCACUUGGAUGAGCUCCGCGCGCUCAUGGCGUCGCACUCGCCGCCGAUCCACGCGCUCCUCAUCCCAUCCGAGGAUGCCCACCAGAGCGAGUACGUGUCGGAGCGGGACAAGCGGCGGCAAUUCCUCUCCGGGUUCACCGGGAGCGCUGGGUUGGCCCUUAUCACUACAAGGGAGGCGUUAUUAUGGACGGAUGGACGAUACUUCUUGCAGGCCAUUAAUCAACUUAGCGAUCGGUGGAGACUCAUGCGCAUGGGAGAAGAUCCACCAGUCGAAGUCUGGAUAGCUGAUAAUCUCGCGGAUGAAGCGAUUAUUGGAAUUGAUUCAUGGUGCAUCUCUGUGGAUUCUGCUCAGAGAUAUGAGCAAGCAUUUUUGAAGAAGAAUCAGACGUUGUUUCAGCUUUCCUCUGACCUCGUCGAUGCAGUUUGGAAACAUCGUCCUCCGAAUGAUGCUACACCUGUAAUUGUGCACCCUAUAGAAUUUGCUGGGCGUAGUGUAGCACAAAAGAUGAAGGAGUUAAGAGAAAAGUUACAACAUGAAAAGGCUAGCGGCAUCAUAAUUACGGCCCUUGAUGAGGUUGCUUGGUUGUACAAUGUUCGGGGAAAUGACGUGCAUUACAGCCCAGUGGUUCAUUCUUAUGCUAUUGUAACCCUGCAUGGUGCCUUCUUUUAUGUGGAUAAGAGAAAAGUAACAACUGAGGUUAAGAACUACAUGGCUGAAAUUGGUAUUGAUAUCAGAGAGUAUGAUAUGGUUCAGCUGGAUGUGAGCUUGCUUGCUUCUGGACAGCUAAAAGGCUCUGCAGUUAAUGGUAGCUUGCUCAUGGAAAAGGAUAUCAACGUGGCGGAACAUUCCAAAAUCUGGAUUGAUUCAAAUUCGUGUUGCCUUGCACUCUACUCAAAGCUUAGACCAGAUCAAGCUUUGAUGCUGCAAUCACCCAUUGCUCUACCAAAAGCUGUCAAGAAUCCUAUGGAGCUGAAUGGUUUGAGGAAGGCACACAUUCGGGAUGGCACAGCUGUUGUGCAAUACCUGGCUUGGCUUGAUAAUCAGAUGCAAGAGAACUAUGGCGCCUCUGGUUACUUUAGUGAGGCCAAUGGAUCACAGAAAAAAGAUAAUUUGGAAAUAAAACUUACCGAGGUUUCCGUUAGUGAUAAACUUGAAGCCUUCCGUGCGGAGAAAGAGCAUUUUAAAGGUUUGAGUUUUCCUACGAUAUCAUCUGUGGGGCCAAAUGCAGCAAUAAUUCACUAUUCACCUGAUGCAAAUACAUGUGCGGAACUUGAUGCUGAUAAAAUAUAUCUCUGUGACUCUGGGGCACAGUACCUGGAUGGCACUACAGACAUUACAAGAACUGUACAUUUUGGUAAACCCUCAGAGCAUCAGAAGUCAUGCUACACAGCUGUCUUGAAAGGCCAUAUUGCCCUAGAUGCUGCUGUGUUUCCUAAUGGGACCACAGCUUAUGGCCAUUCUCUUGCAAGCCAGCAGGUUAGGCCAUCAUUUGAAUCCUGGAGGUUCAAGUUACACAUGGCAGGUCAUGCUCUUGACAUUUUGGCAAGAACCCCAUUGUGGAAAAGUGGUCUUGACUAUCGGCAUGGCACAGGCCAUGGAAUCGGAUCUUAUUUGAAUGUUCAUGAAGGACCUCAUCUAAUUAGCUUCAGACCUUCUGCUCGAAAUGUACCACUGCAAGCAUCAAUGACUGUAACAGAUGAGCCUGGUUACUACGAAGAUGGAAACUUUGGUAUAAGGUUGGAGAAUGUCCUUAUAGUCAAAGAGGCUGAUACAAAAUUUAAUUUUGGGGAGAAGGGUUAUUUGUCAUUUGAACAUAUAACAUGGGCUCAGCUCUCUGAGGAGGGUCUUCGAUUUCACAAUGCUCCAUACCAGACUAAACUUAUAAACACCGCCUUGUUGACCCCUGCGGAGAUCGAAUGGGUAAACGUGUACCACUCCGACUGCCAGAAAAUCUUGGAGUCUUACCUAAAUGUUCAGGAGAAGGAAUGGCUGAGGAAGGCCACUGAACCUAUAACUGCGAGCAGUUAAGCCAGCUACUUCAUGGUUACUGCUGUUGUGCGCCAAACAUAGAUAGAUGUCUGCCCGAAUAUUUAAUCAACUGUAAUAAGUGUGAAUAGCACCAAGCACCCUUAUUCUUUAUGUAUUUCGUGCUGCCUAGCGUGAGGCGGGAAAUAAGAAUACAGAUACUGAACGAAUACCGAAUUGUUACUUCGCUUGAAGGCAAGUUGACUCUACAGUUCUUGUUAGAAGUGGAUGGAAAUUAAAAUUAUUUUUGCAAUAGCAUUGACUGCAGCCAUAUUAAACCUGAA